AUGCAUGAGCGGGCGUCCGAAGUACCGGAAGGCUUUCGCAAACAUGUGAAAUUCCGCGAGGAGGUUGACAUCCCCAAGCUGGAGGCCCUGCUGAAGGACUACGUUUUUUCACAGAGCAUCGGAACGUUAAAUCCACCGAAGUUCGGCAAAGUACUGGCAGCCAAGAGCAUGAGGGACAGCAAAGAAGACCUUUGUGUCCUCUACAGUGUGGAGUCCAGCGGUCCGGCGGACAGGCCGCCGUACGAGGCUUUCGACGAGCCUGACAUCUUCGAAGAAGUCGUGUACGUGACAGAUUACAUUAGUAUCUCGAGAGCUCCAAAGCGAUGA